UGUGGUUGCAGAAUACAUGGAAGUUGUGAAACAACUGAGAUUUAAGAGUUUGCCAUGUGUAUACAUCGCAACUUUGUGCAUGGGUGACCAAACCUCAACUCUAAUGCAAAUCAGAGACCACAUCCGGAAAGACCUUAAAGAUUUAUUUCCGGGGGAACUAGCCGGUGAAGAAGAUUUAAUGUCAUAUGCAUGGGGCAAUGUGGACCAUACCGAAGGUAAAUACAUUGAUGAAGAAAGUUCGAUUGUGUUUGAAGAAUGGGUUCAAAUUAAAGAAGCUAAUAAAGCUAACCCAGCUUGCAGAAGGUGCAAGUGUGAAACAUUUCAAACUAUAUUUCAAGGAGCUAGGGCUUGUAGUCUGAUGAGAUAUGCUGAGAAGUUUGGGUUUGGGUCUGUUGGCUUUUGAUAUAGUGAAUUCCCAAGUCGUCUAUUAGUGCGACCACCUCGGAUUUCCGUUUGGGUUUGGGUUUGGGUUUGUUGGCUUUUGAUGACAGUUUUCUCAAUUAGGAUGUGGUGCCAACUCUUGUGCCAAUCCUGGUCGAUUGCUUUAUCUUCGUUUUAUCAUUGGUCGCCUGCAGUCACGGUGAAGUUGAAGUAAAGGUUGUCAAAUUUGACAAAUUAAAUGUCCAUUUUGCACACUCUAAGCUAUUUAC